AUGUCCAAAUACGUGAACGACCUCGGCACGCGUCUUUUCCACUCGGUGGCCAACCGGGCCGGCGAUCUGGGCGAGAAGUUCGAGGAGGAAUUCUCGUAUCUGGCGCAGAACGUGACGCGCGACGUAACGGUGAUCGUGGACGAGGCAGUCUCGCUGUCGCCCUACAUUAAAGUGGGGCUGGUGUGUGCCUCGAUAUUCCUCGUGCUCCUCUCCAUUCGACUGUUGGCAUACGGUAUCCGAGCCCUUGUGAACAAGCGUCGCCGCCAUAUGUGGAUGAACUGCGAGUACUCGGAGCAUACGCCGCCGAUCAUCCUAAUGCUUCCGACGGAUGACGGGACGUACAGUCAGAGUCGAAUGCUGUCCGAACCCGAAUCACGACGUCUUCUAAAGGGACUCCAUUCAGCUGACGGGCAAAAGACGGCACUACUCACCCAACUACAGACUACAGACAAACACUUGCACAAUGUGCUGUCGAAUGUG